CACUGCAAGACGAUGCACAAAACUAUGGACUGUUUCUGGCCAAUCCUUCUCUGGUGGCUCUCUAGCCCAACACUAAGAAUUGCUUUUGGUCUGAAUACAACACGAAUACAUCAGCGCCAGCCUCCUUGCCAGCCAGGUCAUUACUGUCCAGAAGGCAGUGAAACUGCAAUUCCAUGUCCCAGAGGAAUGUUUGCACCAAGUUUUUGGGCCAGGGACAUCAAUGACUGUAUCAGCUGCCCUCCACAUCACUAUGCUCCCACAGAGGGUCUGUCUGCAUGUCUGCCCUGUGGAUCCAGAGCACAACAGCCUCUUCCUGGACAAGAUAAAUGUGUAUGCCUAGCAGAGGGCCAAGUCUUCCAGGCCAGUGAUGGGCAGUGUCACUGCACUUUGGGAUACCGCCCUACACAAAGAGAGGAUGCCUGUGAGCUAAAGAUAUAUGAGAUCUGCAAAGAUGGACAAGCACGGGAUCAGAAUGGCAAGUGUCUGGAUCGCAAGCAGUGGAAACACCUUUGUUCUCAUGAGGUGUGUGCAUCUCCACAGCUGUAUGAAGGCUAUGAUGCCUCCAUGGGCCUGUGUGUCUGCAAAAGUCUGCUUGAUUCAGGAAGAAGUGAAUGCUCAGGAUGGUGUGGAGACAGGACUAGACCUGUACUGCAGCUGGUGUGCAGUUCUGCUGUCCUUCACCUGCUUUACACUGAGGCAAAUAGACAGGUGAGUGCAUCAGGAAGUGCACUUUUAUCUGUCCUCAAACAUUGGGAGUCUAGAGGAAAGCUGAGGUGUGAGCGGCAUCAUGGGUUCUCCAGGCCUGUGUACGCAAUACAGACAAAGGAAGGUGGCUUCUAUGGCUUCCUCAGCACUAUCCCAGCAGGAGUACGGAUGUUGAUCUUGGAAGGUGGCCAAGUGAGUGACAAUUUUGCAGAGAUCUUGAACAGACAGAGAAUGGAAAACCAUACCUACAUGGAUACAGAAUCCUAUUGGUUCAUGGGUUCUGCUUCAAGAGUAGUGAGCACUAGAGAAGCCACUCAAGUGAUGAACCCGAUAGCAUGCUUGCAUCUGGAGGAUAUUCUUUUAUUCACUGUGACCAGGCACCACUAUCCGCAGUAUGACAUAGACAACUUAUUCAACACGAAUGCUGCUUUCGACUGGGGUGUCUUUAGAAUAUUAGAGCAAGAACUAGCAAUGGCACGAUCUGCAAACUCCCUCUUUUCCGUUAGCUUCAGUGAGCCUGGUGUGUACGUCAUCAAAUUGAGCAGCAGUCAAUACAAGCAUAUGUAUGUAAAGGUUUUGCCUGCUGGAGGAGAUUGCUAUGACAAUGGACCAUUCUUUCCAACUGAUCCACAUCACAUGAUUCGGAUGGGCAUAACCCUCCGACGCCAGCUCCUACUGCAACCCGAUUGGUGGGUGAUUGGCGGUCUCUUGGCUGGAGCUACAGUUCUGCUCUGCUUGUGUCUUGCAGUACUGAUCUUGUUCAGGGAGUAUGGAUGGCCAGAGAAGCUGCCUUCUCCAGCCAAGUACCGUGAUCUGCAGCUUAAGUACAGCAUGGAUGACUAUUCAUCAAAAGGUUCCAGGGUCAUAGCGCUGAAAAAGACACACCGAAACCUACAGGUUGGGGUGAAUGAAGAACCAGUACUGAGAGCUAUGGCUGUAACAACAGACGAAUUCUGGGACUAUGAGAAGCAGGUGAACCUGGAGGCUUUCAGUUCCAGCAUGUUCUAUGACAUCUUGCUUAAGCACAGUGUGUCUGUCACCACCCGGCUCGGGCAGCUCAGAGAAGAGGUGAAGCAGCUCUAUCAAGGGGUGCUGGAAAAGGUGCGGGGGCUUGAACCAGCCCGGGGGGAAGUGGUGGUAGGGAGCAAGAUGGAGUGUUUGGAGACUCAAGUGGAGCAAGAGAUAGCACGCAGGAAAGCUCUGGGCACUCAAGUUUCCCAGCUGCUGGACAGCCAGCUUCAGAUCCUACGGAAUGAAUCACAGUCCCAGCAUGCCAUGCACAAGGCUUUCUCAGCACACCUCAGAGAAUGCUUUCGGUUACUGAUGCUGGUUUCUGACAACCAGGCCUCUCUCUGGAACAAACACAUCCAGCAAUGCGUUAUGGACAGAGUGACUGUGCUGGCUGAGGAGAUGGCAGAGCUGGUCUCAGUGGAGGCACACAGGCAGGGUUGCUGGACCGUGCUCAAACAGGGGACCGGAGCACAGCUACUGUGCCCCACUUCUGGAUCGGUCCUCACUAAGGAUGACAUUAUUGCACCUGAUGGGUCCGUCCGGGCUUGCAAUACUGUCCAUGUGGAUCCCUGCACAGGCCUGAUCCAUCCACUCUCGAAUUCCCACAUGCUCCUAGCUAGUGGCCACAGCAUGCCUGUGCCCUCUGACUUCUUCCUGCAUCCUCAGACUGGCCGGGUGCUCCCUGUGGCUGGGAAUGUAGGAUUUGACCCCUCGAGCUCCACCCUCGUCUACACAGCUGAUGCUUGUGUGGGUGAGGUUGGAAAAUGGGAGUCUCCUGUGAUUCCCUUCAUUCCCUACCCUUCAUCUCACCACUCUGAGCUGCUCGGGCCAUCCAAGUUGAGAAGCCUCCAAACAGACCAGAAGCUUGUAUUUGGGGGACCCAUGUGUGACUAUGAAACUGGCGUGCUUGUUCCAAUCCUGGCAGUCACCAUC